UUCGAAAGGAUUUAAGUGGGCUUGAUGAUGUGACACUUACGAGCCAAUCAGAAUGUGGAGGCUUCUCCAGUGACAGUGACCUGAUCUCUCUGACAGUCGAUGUAGACUCUCUUGCUGAGUUAGAUGAUGGAAUGGCAUCCAACCAAAGUUCUCCCAGUAGAGCUGUUGGCCUUUGCCUUACUUCUGAACCUCCAGUACAAAGCACACUGGCACCUCAGCAGGAGUGGAGCAAACCUGAAGGAGAGAGGGAAAGCUAUAGUUUGUUUACUGGAAGCCUAAAACCCAAGCCUGGCAAACAAGAUUACUUGGAGAAAGCGGGCGAGUGGAUAAAACUGGCCUUGAAGAAGGAGGAGGAAGAAGAUUAUGAAACUGCCUUCAGCUUUUAUAGAAAGGGAGUUGAUCUGCUCCUGGAAGGUGUUCAAGGUGAAUCAAGUCCGACUCGUCGAGAAGCAGUGAAAAGGAAGACUGCAGAAUACCUUAUACGUGCUGAAAAAAUUUCCAGUCUCUACCAUAAAUCCUCUGAAGAUGCAUCUGUUUCUAUGCCUCCAGGAUCACUAAGUUCAAGGCCCUCUUGGAACCUAAGGAGCCCUGCCGAGGAACUGAAGGCCUUCAGAGUCCUUGGGGUGAUUGACAAGGUUUUACUUGUAAUGGACACCAGAACACAGCAGACUUUUAUACUGAAGGGUCUAAGGAAAAGUAGUGAGUACAGCAGGAGCAGAACGACCAUCAUCCCCCGCUGUGUGCCCAACAUGGUGUGUCUGCACAAGUACAUCAUCUCCGAGGAGUCCGUCUUUCUCGUGCUACAGCAUGCAGAAG